AUGCACCAAGGCACAAGGCAUUUUAUCCAUGAUCAUGAAAAUAUUCAAGAGAAGUAUUAUACAUUUAAUGAGUCUGCCAAAGAGAUUCAUGAAUCCUGCCAAUGCACACAUUAUGGCACAAGUAAUGCUGCUGAAAAUUACAAGAACUACAGAUUUGGUAACCAUAGAGAUGCCUCUAAUGAAGCCUUAAACCUCGACACACCAAAAAUUGGGAACACAGGGAAGGAACCUUACAAAUAUAAAGACUGUGGAAACUUUUUAUAUAUGUGUUCCAAAAUUAGCCAAAAUCAAAAACCUCACACAGGAAAGCAAGACUACAAAAAUACAGAGUAUGAAACAUCUUUUGAGUCUAAUACAGAAACCAAAGUGAAAAACACUGAUUGCAGAAAGCAUCCUCAUCAAUGCAUGGAAUGUGGAAAUCAUUUCAAGACUCACUCAAGCCUUACUAUGCAUCAGAGAUCCCAUACUAGAGAGAAACCUUAUAAGUGUACAAAAUGUAAUGAAUCAUUCCUGCAGUUUUCACAAUUCAAUGUACAUUACAGAAUCUGUUGUAGAAAAAAUCCCUACAAAUGUACAGAAUGUGGUAAGUGCUUUUAUUAUUUAUCAACGUUUCAAACACAUUUCAGGAUCCACACAGGAGAGAAACCUUACAAAUGUAGUAAAUGUGGCAAAUCCUUAACUACAAAACACAAUCUUAUAAUUCAUCAGAGAAUCCACACAGGAGAGAAACCUUACAAGUGUAGUGAAUGUGGCAAAUCCUUAACUACAAAACACAAUCUUAGAAAUCAUCAGAGAAUCCACACAGGGGAGAAACCUUACAAAUGUAAUGAAUGUGACAUAUCCUUAAUCACAAAACACAGUCUUAUAAUUCAUCAGAGAAUCCACACAGGAGAGAAACCUUACAAAUGUAGUGAAUGUGACAGAUCCUUAACCACAAAACGCAAUCUUAGGAACCAUCAGAGAAUCCACACAGGAGAGAAACCUUACAAAUGUAGUGAAUGUGAAAAAUCCUUUUCCAACAAGGACAAUCUUAGAAUUCAUCAGAGAAUCCACACAGGAGAGAAACCUUACAAAUGUAGUGAAUGUGAAAAAUCCUUUUCCAACAAGGACAAUCUUAGAAUUCAUCAGAGAAUCCACACAGGAGAGAAACCUUACAAAUGCAGUGAAUGUGACAAAUCGUUUUACAAGAAAGACCAUCUUAGAAGUCAUCAGAGAAUCCACACAGGAGAGAAACCUUACAAAUGUGGUGAAUGUGACAAAUCCUUAACCUCAAAACGCAAUCUUAGAAACCAUCAGAGAAUCCACACAGGAGAGAAACCUUACAAAUGUAGUGAAUAUGACAAAUCGUUUUCCAACAAGGACAAUCUUACAGCUCAUCAGAGAAUCCACACAGGAGAGAAACCUUAA